CCAAUACACACACAACACACCUCUCUCUCUCUCUCUCUCUCUUAAUAUCUCAAUGACGGCGACUGCGUUUGGGAUCCGCUUGUGGUUGGCCGUUACGGCUUCCUUUCUGCUAGCCGCUACAAACGCCAAAAUCCCCGGCGUUUACACCGGCGGUCCAUGGCAGAACGCACACGCCACUUUCUACGGUGGCAGUGAUGCUUCCGGCACCAUGGGCGGCGCGUGUGGUUACGGGAAUUUAUACAGCCAAGGAUACGGUGUGAACACGGCGGCGCUGAGCACUGCUCUGUUCAACAACGGCUUUAGUUGCGGCGCUUGCUUCGAGUUAAAGUGUACGGACGACCCGAGAUGGUGUGUCCCUGGAAAUCCGUCGAUUCUCGUGACGGCGACGAACUUUUGUCCGCCGAAUUUCGCGCAGGCUAGCGACAACGGAGGAUGGUGCAAUCCGCCCCGAGAGCACUUCGACCUCGCCAUGCCGAUGUUCCUCAAGAUUGGUCUGUACCGCGCCGGCAUUGUCCCGGUCUCUUAUCGCAGGGUACCUUGUCGGAAGCUAGGAGGGAUACGAUUCACAGUAAACGGAUUCAGAUACUUUAAUCUGGUUCUGAUAACAAACGUCGCCGGCGCCGGAGACAUCACCGGAGUGAGCGUAAAGGGAUCAAAGACGGAUUGGGUGAGGAUGAGUCGUAACUGGGGACAGAAUUGGCAAUCUAACGCCGUCCUCACCGGCCAAUCUCUCUCUUUCCGAGUCACCGCCUCCGAUCGCCGUUCAUCCACCUCCUGGAACGUCGCUCCUGCGUCGUGGCAGUUUGGCCAGACUUUCUCCGGCAAAAACUUCCGCGUCUGAAGAACUAAAAGCAUCAAGUGUGUCAUUUAAUGAAGACACCAAUUCUAGGAUGUCAUUGUUAUUUCUUUUUCUUUUUUGAAAUUUUAAUAUGAGAGACAAAGAAGAAAAACAUUUUUCCCGCCCUGGGAUUUUCCCUAAAUUUUCUCGGGAAAAUUUCUGGUGGCUUUGGGAAAAUAUUUCCUUUUUUAUUUAUCGUCAGCAGGAUUCCCUUUUCAUGCUUUUUUUGCGAUUGAGAGUGAUUUGUUUGUUUUUUUUUUCUUUCCAUUAUAUCAUAUCGUUGUUAUGGGUUAUGGCAGUUUCUGCUAAUAAGUCAGAUAGGCCCGUUAUCUGCCCAACCAAUAUCUAAUGGGCCAUUGGGCCAAGUUACGAUUCUUCUUUCUUUAUAAAAGCUCUACUUUCCUCAUAUCAACAUCAGUUUUGG